AUGAACCGGCAAAUAUUGCUGCAUUGGAAGAAGCAAUAAGAGAAGCCGAAAUUGAGAUAGAACAAUAUAAAAGAAAUUAUGCAUCACUUCAAGAACAAAAAGUGCAACUAGAUAAUGAACAACUACCACUAGUUACUGAAAUUGAAGAAGUGAGCAAACGGCUUAAUGAUAUGUCAAACGAAGUAGAUGUUCUUAAUGAACAAAUAGAAGAACAAGUGUCUAUGCGCGUGACUUGUUCGAACCAUAAGACGCAUUGGGAAAGAAAAUUGAUACAAGAGCAACAAAAAAUUAAUGUUGUUGAGGAAGAUGUUAGGAAUAAGAAAGCUGUUCUGGAGGAUUGGACAAAGCAGGCUGAAGAUUAUUGUCCAGAACGUGUGGAAGUUACGAAACCAGCGAAUGAAUUAGAUCGUGAGAUCAAACAAAUUCAAAAUCGUUUACGAGAAAGAGAAAAGGAACACGGUUCAAGCCUUGAAGAAAUUGCUUCUGAUAUGAAAGCAAAAGGUGAUGCUUACCGACACGCAAAAACUGAAAUUGGUCAUAUGGAAAAUUUUAUUAAAGAUCUCAAAUCGGCUUUGCACUCACGUAUGCAAAAAUGGCGAAACUUUCGUACUUUCAUAUCU